GAAAAAACUAAAUUUUUUAGGAAAUAAUCUCAAGCUUUUAAAUAACCAGUUGAAAUAUAGUAUAUAUAUAUAUUUGCAUCUCUUUCAUCAUCUCCACCUUCACAUAGACGAACCUAACAUCUCUCACCAAACGAAGCUUUACUAGAAAGAGAAACUAAACGAGCAUGCGGGUUAUCUCAUGGCUAUUCGAUUCAGAACCUUCUUCCAGGAGAAGACGAACACCAAAAUCUCCAACACAUUUGGAUUCCCUCGACAGCGCCACGUCAUCUUCACUCAGCGAAGCCACCGGCUCCACCAGUCUCCACAGCACUCUCUCUCUCCAGACACUCCCUUCCGUUCCCUCUCUUCAGAAACUCCCCUCCGAGAGUACUCUCGCCGUCACCGUCACCUCCUCGUUCAAACUCAGGGAACGGAGUCUCCCCGUCACUUGUCUCGCCGUCAACGGCGGUUAUCUCUUCGCGGUCUCCGGACACGAGGUCAGCAUCUACGAUCGCGCCAUGUGUGCUCAUCUCGACACUUUCAACGGUCAGGAUCCUUUCUCGGGAACCGUUAAGUCCGUCGGUUUCUACGGUGAGAAGAUUUUUACUGCUCAUCAGGACGGUAAAAUCGGAGUUUGGAAAUUAACCGCGAAAAACGGUUACAAACAGUUAACGACUCUGCCAACGUUAAACGACCGUUUGCGACGUUUCGCUCUUCCUAGAAACUACGUUCAGGUUCGUCGUCAUAGAAAACGUCUCUGGAUCGAACACGCUGACGCCGUUACCGCUCUCGCCGUUAAUAACGGAUUCAUUUACUCUGUUUCUUGGGACAAGACCUUGAAAAUAUGGAGAGCUUCCGAUCUUCGUUGUAAGGAAUCAAUAAAAGCACACGAUGACGCCGUUAACGCCGUCGCCGUCUCUACUAACGGCACCGUUUACACUGGAUCCGCGGAUAGACGUAUCCGGGUUUGGGCGAAACCCGCAGACUCGAAACGCCAUAAGUUAGUCGCGACUUUGGAAAAGCAUAAAUCGGCGGUUAACGCUCUUGCAUUAAAUGAGGAUGGUUCGGUUUUGUUCUCCGGUUCGUGUGACCGGUCUAUUUUGGUUUGGGAGAGAGAGGAUAGUUCUAAUUACAUGUCGGUGAGUGGUGCUUUGAGGGGACACGAUAAAGCAAUACUGAUCUUGUUUAAUGUGUCUGAUUUGCUUAUAAGUGGAUCUGCUGAUCGGACGGUCAGGAUUUGGAGGCGUGGAACCGAUGGUAGUUAUAGUUGCUUAGAGGUGCUUACCGGUCACACGAAGCCGGUUAAGUCGCUUGCAGCGGUUAGAGAUUCGGAGUUGGACGGUGUCGUUUCAAUUGUUAGUGGUAGUCUUGACGGAGAGGUUAAGUGUUGGAAGGUCUCCGUCACCAAACCGGAUAAUUUAAUUUGCACUGAUCUUGUUUUAUGAUUUUUUUUUUUAUAAUUAUUGUUUUUCUUUGGUCAAAUUAUUUUAUUAUUUGUUUGGCGAACAACAAUUUGGCGUUUUUUAAACGUCAAUUUGCAAACAAUAGAUUAAUGCAGAUACGUACCUGGAAGAGUAGUGCUAUAUAUUUGUGUGAAUGUAAGAUUACGAGACAGAGUUUAGUAAUAAUGCUAUUAGUAUACUAAGGUCAUUAGUGUUUAAUAAAAUGGUUUACAAUUGAACAAGUGGACACACCUGCACAUGUUUAUUCCAGGCGUAGGAAUGAAGAUGCUGCCUGUCAGUCUGUUUUUUUCUCUGUAUUAGAUUCCCUAUAGGUUUGUGAUUGGUUGUCAGACAAAUAUACUUUGAAGUUAUGUUUGGACUGUUUAGAUGUAAUAAUAAGAUAC